AUGGAAAUGUUCGAUCCUUGUAGGGAGAUGUUUCCGGGAGACAAGAACCGGGCUGGAACCCAAAGAUAUUCUAUGGACCAGAUGAGAGGACUCUUCCAUGCAUGUCGGGAACCAGGACAAGAGAAGGACUCCCUCUACAGAUACUUCAAGACAGAGCAGGAGGGUCCAUGUCCCACCCACAUUCAUGUGAUGUGUAACGGUCAUAUCUUCAAGAUGACCGUCUUUGAUCUGGAAGGUCAAGUUCUGACCCCUCCAGAGAUACACAGACAGCUGGUAUUUAUCAAAGAAUCAUGCAGUCAAAGAGGGCAAGGUAUCGGGGCAUUGACUGCAGACGACAGGGUCAGUUAUGCUCAGGCGUUCGAUCAUCUGGUAUCUCUAGAUUCAUGCAACAGAAGUCACAUUGAGAUCAUCAAGACAAGUAUCAUGGGGUUGAUUCUGGAUGAUGGAAGUCCCAAGAGCUACACAGAGUCCUGCUUGCAUGGUGUUGCGGGUCCCACGCCUCAUAAUCGCUGGUUUGACAAAACCUUUAGCGCCAUUGUCACUUCCAACGGCGUCGUCUGUUAUAAUUGUGACGUGAGUAUUAGGAAUUACAUAAAGAAUAAAGAACAGUGA